AUGGGAUCCUCCGUGAAAUUGGCAUGUGGUGCCCCAGCCAGGCAGUUGUUGUGCUGUAUCUCGGCCGACUUCCCCAGGGACAAGGACUCCAGCAUCCGCCCCAGCAAGGACCGAGGCCAGCAGCGACCACAGUGGACCAACAGCCCGAAACAGAAAAGCAAGCGGGAAGAAGUCUUCACGCAAAAGAAGGCUGAGCGCGCGGCCAUGCGGGCCCACCUCCGGGAGAAAUAUCAGCUGCCCAAGAGCCGGACGGAUAAGAAGCAGAUGGCAGCAGCCGGGGGCAAGUUGGCGCUCCCCAAAGACCUGCUGGCUAUCGUGAAGCCCAAGGGCCCCUCGGAAGCCGGCUCCCUCUUCCCCAGCCUCGGCGACCUGGAUUUCAGCUCCUUCCGGAUGACGGCACAGAACGCCAUGCGGUCUCUGCAGCGUCCGGUGCAGUGCCCUGUCAUGUGA